GUUGCUCCUAUCAGCGCGCAUGCUCAGUUCAUUGCUAAGGAAGAAAGAGCAAGAUGUCGCUAGCGAGCUUUCUACCGGCGCCAAUCCAGCUGUCCCAGGACCAGCUGGAGGCAGAGGAGAGACUUCGGGCCCAGAGGUCGUAUUCUACUGCCCUUGUGUCCACACGGAGAGAGCCACCUCCUUACGGGCACAGGCACGGCUGGGUGCCCCGAGCUGUCGAGGACUUUGGAGAUGGCGGUGCUUUCCCUGAGAUCCAUGUUGCCCAGUUCCCUCUGGAGAUGGGAAGAGCGAAGAAGACUUCCAAUGCCCUGGCAGUGCAGGUUGAUGCGGAAGGCAAAAUUAAGUAUGAUGCUAUUGCCAAACAAGGACAGAACAAAGACAAGGUCGUCUUCAGCAAGUACACAGAUCUUCUUCCGAAAGAAGUUAUGAAUGAGGAUACCGCGGAACUGCAGAAGCCAGACGAGGAAGCCAUACAAGAGCUCACAGAGAAAACACGUGAAGCUCUGAACAAGCAAGUGUCCCAAAAGAUUGCUGCUGCCAUGCCUGUGAGAGCAGCAGACAAACAGGCUCCAGCACAGUACAUCAGAUACACACCAUCGCAGCAGGGAGUUGCCUUCAACUCAGGGGCUAAACAGAGAGUCAUCCGCAUGGUGGAAAUGCAAAAGGACCCCAUGGAGCCUCCUCGUUUCAAGAUCAACAAAAAGAUUCCUCGAGGACCCCCCUCCCCUCCGGCCCCUGUCAUGCACUCUCCUAGCAGAAAGAUGACGGUAAAGGAGCAGCAGGAGUGGAGAAUUCCUCCAUGCAUUUCCAACUGGAAGAACGCAAAGGGCUACACAAUCCCACUAGACAAACGUCUGGCUGCGGACGGCCGCGGCCUUCAAACGGUUCACAUCAAUGAAAACUUUGCCAAGCUCGCAGAAGCUCUAUACAUCGCCGACAGAAAGGCCAGAGAGGCCGUCGAGAUGAGAGCCCAGGUGGAGAAGAAGAUGGCCCAGAAGGAGAAGGAAAAGAAGGAGGAGAAACUCAGGGAGUUGGCUCAGAUGGCCCGAGAUCGCAGAGCAGGAAUUAAGAGCCAUGGGGAUAAAGGUGGCGAUGACGGCGAGGCCAGAGAGCGUGAUGAGAUCCGACAGGACAGGAGGAAAGAGAGACAGCAUGACAGGAACAUCUCUCGAGCAGCUCCCGAUAAGAGGUCGAAGCUGCAGAGGGACCAGAACCGAGAUAUUAGCGAACUCAUUGCCCUGGGGAUGCCCAACCCUCGAACCACCAACGAGGCCCAGUAUGACCAGCGUCUCUUCAACCAGAGCCAGGGUAUGGACAGUGGCUUCAAUGCCGGUGAGGAUGAGUCCUACAAUGUGUACGACAAGCCCUUCCGCCCUGGAAGAGACAUGGCAGCAAACAUCUACCGGCCCAGCAGAGGCAUCGACAAAGAUGCCUAUGCAGAUGAUUUCGACACACUUGUGCAGAACAACAGGUUUGUUCCAGACAAGGAGUUUUCAGGCGGCGACCACGGGCAGAGGCGUGACGGACCCGUGCAGUUUGAAGAAGAUCCCUUCGGUCUGGACAAGUUCUUGGAGGAAGCCAAGCUGCACGGCGGCUCCAAGCGGCCGUCCACGAGUGGCCGCUCAAAAGACGACUACCAUGACAAGAAGCGCAGGAAGGAGUAAAGGCUCCAGGGUGCCGCUCAUGACCGGAGCUGCUCGCACCAUUUCAGAAGGCAGAAGAGUCGAACGGCUGAUCGUGCAGAUGUGUUCCUCAUUACCUUUGUCGUUCUGGUGUAAGAUGAGCCAUUCCUUUUGAGAUCUGACUCCACAAUCUGAAGGUCUCAUCUAAUAUAUCUGUACAUUUGUUAUAAUUUUCUGAGAAUGUUUUGGGUUUUAGUUGUUUUUUUAACCUAUAUACCAUACAGUUAAACUCUUUCUUCCAUGUUUGACUUUCUCUUCAUUUGCUUGUGUUUAUAAAGCCCUAGUGUUUUGUUUAGUUGUGGCCACUAAUGGCAGAUUUGUACAGUGUAAACCCAUGAACAUGUUAACAGGCUUUGUAAACCCAAGUAUAGCCCAUGAAAUAAAUUUUUCUGAA